CAGCUUUUGGGGAAGAAACAGUACUUCACAUGUUCUUUGAAGAACCAUAUACUGAAUGUAACUAUAACCAAACAUCUGUCAAACAGGCAACUGAUGGUUACUGCAUUAAAGACUACACAUUUCAAUAUUAAAGUUGGGGAAAUACUAACACCCACACGUGUGGCAUUUAGAAACCCGCCCACACGCACUCGAUGCCGUUCGAUCCGUUUGCACGAAUUUUACAGCAAUUGCCAUCCGGGUCAAAAGCCACGUAAGCAAACGGUGUUGUGCGGGCGAAACACUCCUCGCCCGAACGCGUGUGGCAGUUGACAAUUCGGCCCGAACGCGUUAAAUGUGGAAUCUUCAUGCAUCUGCCGAGGACCAGCGCACCUUAUCCUCUCGCCUCAGGCCCCCCACCCCCACUCCACUCGCUAGAGCAGCUGUGGCGGAGCCUUUCCCCCGCAUCGACGGCGACCACGCGCCAAGGAGCUCAACCCCGAGCGACCCCGGCGCCUCGCCCACACCUCCGGUGGCCGGCGAACGCCGACUAGCGAGCCAGUAGGUGGCCGGCGAGAUGGGCGGUGGCAGGCGUGAGGGACGGGGAGGGGCGCGUUGGUGGUGAGCACCGGGUGGAUCCCCCUUCUCCCAUGGCGGCUUGGGUGGCGGUGAGGGAGAGCUGCGUGGUUUUCUCGACUGUGAGGGGGAGGUCCAGGGGGGCGGAUGGCUGAAGCGGAGGAGGCGAGCGCGCGCGGCUACUUCUGGGGUUUGAGCUCCGCCGCGCGCCAGUCUAUCUGCGUGCUGCCGCCGCGCUACUCGCCAACUCCUGCCCCGAGAACGACGGCGGCGGGCCGGCGGGUGUCCCUAGUGGGGCUCGGCCUCCGUGGUGGGCGCAGGCGCGGGCCGGAGCUACUCGACCCGGUGGGCAAGCGCCACCCCGUGUUCGUCGUCAACAUCGAUGGGCUUGUGGUCGUGGGAGGCAACGGCUUGUUCGUCAGGGCGUCGCGGCAGCCCAGCAACUACUGCAAUCACGGCGACAUCCGCGUGCUCGAUGUGAUCUUCAGGAAGGCCCGUCUGCUCCGUGCUCCUCCGGCACCCGAUGCCAUGGAGGUUUGAUUUUCCCUCUCUCAGUUUCGUGUGUUGUGUGUUCAUGCACACGGCAGCAGGGCGAUGAUUUUUGUUUGAUCAAUCAUCUGAGUACAGUUUUGAAUCUGAUAAUUUAGCCUUUGUUUAGAAUUGGAUGGAUAGUCUGUAGUUUCCAUGGGCAGUUUUCGAGCAUGCAGUGAUGGCAACUUUAGUCAUGGCAAUUUUUUAUGAUGCCAUGGUAAAUUUCGGAGACAUGGCAAAUUUAACACCCAUGGCAUUUUAAGUUGGUCACAUAGCUUAAACAUGUGUACCUGUAGUAGUACCCCAGGUCACAAGGCCUGUUAAUUAUCUGGUGUUGUUAUUUACAGAAUACAUGUGGUUAGAUUGAGGUCAGAAAUCAUGGAAGUUGUUAAACUUUUAUCGAUGGCAAUUCUAUAACGUAUAUUUCUAUUUAUAAGCAAAACACCAUGGCAAAUUUAGUUUAUUGACCAUGGCAAAUUUAGUUUAUUGA